UGUUGAUGGGAGGUCUUCAUAGCUGGCAGCCUCGAAACAGCAACCGAAAUGCCUGCACUUAUUGACACAGUGGUCAUCAAACCAUCUCAUUAUAAUUUUUAAUACUAUAACAGCCAGCUAUUUUAAUAAUGGGAAAAACCGACAGCGUGAAGUCACUGUUUGAUGUGAAGAUGGAACUCCAGCCGGAGGAAGAAUCUUUCGCAAAGCCUAACCUCUUACACAAGAAACAGGAAAAGUCACACGACUUUAAACCGUAUCUCAUUCUCGCCACUAAAGUAUGUUUGGUUGUUUUGCUCGUUGUGGUUGCAUUUGUCGCUGGAUAUUUUGUGCGUAGGGUCGUCCGUGAGCCAGGGACUAAAGCAAGUGCUCCGAAGGGCGAACUUUAUCCAACAUCAACACCUACGCCUGACAAUGCACCUUCGUACAACCAGGCGCUAUUACUGGAAGCGCUUUCCCUUAUCUCGCCAAAAAAUAUCGAAAACAACUUAAGAUAUCUUACCUCCAGACCCCACAUCGCAGCUUCAGCCAGAAACCUCGAACUCGCCGAGAAUAUCAGCGAAACAUGGAAGAACCUCGGCUUCGGCUCGGUGAAAAAAGUCAAGUACAACGUCUUACUGUCGUUCCCAACAAAGAAUAAAACUAACGGGGCCAUGUUGCUGGACGGAAAUGGCGAUGUGAAAUUCGAGACCGCCAAGCAGAACAAGCCAGUUGAGCCUUCAGAAGACUCUCCAGACGCGUACCCGCCUUACAGUGCGUAUUCGCCUACUGGCGUGGAAACCGGUGAACUGGUCUUUGCGAACUAUGGUAGCCCCGAUGACUUUAGCUAUCUCAAAUCCAAGGGAAUCAACGUUACGAAUAAGAUUGCAAUCAUCAAGUAUGGAAAAGUCUUCAGAGGAGAUAAGGUUACUAAUGCUGCAAAGGCUGGAGCAAAAGCAGCAAUUUUAUUUAACGACCCCAAGGAUUUCGGACCAGUCCCUGACGACCAGCUCUAUCCGAACGGUUGGUGGCUUCCGCGGACUGGGGUCGAGAGAGGAUCGGUGCUUUUGGGCACAGGGGACCCACUUACACCCAGAUAUCCCGCGAAAGAGGGAGUUUAUCGCGGUUUCUCAUCCGAUAUCCCCCUACCCACUAUUCCUGCUCACCCUAUUUCUGCCGAUGACGCCAAAGUGUUUCUCAGUAAAAUGUCUGGUCCCGACGCUCCAGACGAUUGGCAGGGAGGUCUCAACAUCACCUACAGACUGGGCCCAGGGUUUGUCCGCCCUUAUGAAAAUUGGACAGUGAAAGUAGAAACGAACAAUGACCACGUUUCAAAAGACAUCUACAACGUCAUAGCAGUUAUCAAAGGCCGAGAGGAGCCUGACAGGCUGGUCCUACUCGGUAACCAUAGAGACGCGUGGGUUUUCGGUGGCACGGACCCAUCUAGUGGUACAGCUUGUAUGCUGGAGAUGAGCAGAAUACUGGGCCACAUGCUCCGCACAGGCUGGCGAACUCGUCGUAGCAUUGUACUAGGGAGCUGGGGUGGGGAGGAGUUCGGUUUGAUUGGAUCGACUGAAUGGGUGGAGGACAAUCUUCACACGCUGUACCAGCGAGGCAUCGCGUACAUCAACGUGGAUUCCCCAGUCAGAGGUAACUACACGUUCUUUGCAUGGGCAAGUCCCCUUCUAAACCAAGUACUAUAUGAAGCUACAAAAUUGGUGCCGGAUCCAGUAAACCAAAAUGUAUCUGUGUAUUACAACUGGCUAAAACGAUCACCAGGUGAUGGAAAUCAGCCAAGGAUUUAUGGAUUGGGCUCCGGAAGCGAUUACGCGCCUUUCUACCUGCGUGCUGGACUCCCGGUAAUGGAUUUGAGAUACAUGUUCGAUAAGAAAAAGUUCCACGGGGUAUCAUCGUACCCAACGUAUCAUUCGCUCCACGACACAUUCAACUAUGCAAAGAAGUUUUUGGACCCUCAUUUCUACACACACAUGACGAUGGCGCGUAUCUGGCUAGCUGUCGUGUACCAGCUGGCCGAGAAGCCUCUGUUGCCGUUACGUCUGCACGACUACCUGAGCGUGGUUAACGGCUCGGCGCUCGCACUACAAAAAAAGUAUGGAACGCAAUUGAAGAACAGAAAUAUAUCUCUCGACUUUCUAUUCCGAUCUAUUAACAAUUUUGGCAAUGGAGUAAAGGUUAUGAACUCGAUGAUAAAGAACACCAUAUUGAAUGACACCCUAGCUCUGCGCAUGCUGAAUGACAGGCUGAUGGGGGUGGAAAAAACCUUCCUUAAUUUCGCCGGCCUCCCUAAACGUCCUCUUUAUUGGCAUAGCGUCUUCGCCCCCAGCCUCUACAACUCGUACGCAAGUGUUACGUUCCCAGGCCUCAGCGAUGCGCUGACCGAUGCGAGCAAGUCUGGAGACUGGGACCUAGUGCGUCGCCAAAUCUCCGAGGUUGCCAUAGCAAUUGAUUGGACUGCACAGUUUUUGGCGGAAAGUGUGUGAUUACGGUUGUUCACAAAUCUUAUAAAAAAUAUCCAUCCUUUGUCGUAAAGUAGAAGUGAAAAAGAGACAUACAACUAGCUUAAAGCUUAAAAAAACAUUUGUAGCUGCAAAACUUAUGGUUUGCACUUGAAUAUUACAAUACUUUCCGAAAGAAGAAGAUAUAGUAGUAUCUAUAUAUAUUAGUGUAGUAGUAUAUAGAAGUAUUUCCAUAUAGUAUUUUCAUUUCGCCUAUUGCCCUAUUGUACGUACCAAUUAAAUUAUCUAUCAUUACUCUUAGAAUGUACAGAAUAAUGGAAAUAAACAAAAAUAUGUCAUACCCCCUUUAA